AGGUCGCCGCUCUCUCUCUACGGCAUAUCUUUCGUUCAUUAUCCUUCUUUCUACACCUUUCGCUUUUUCGAAAAGAGCGCUGGCUUCUAUAGGGUUCACUAUUGUAUACAGACCCACUUCCAACACCUUCAACUACUCCUCGGAGGCUUCGCACCUAGUCUCUUUCGAAGAUGCGCUCUCUCAUCCUCAUGGCCAUCGUGGCCAUAUUUACCUUCGUUUCCGCAAUUCCUAUCACACCUUCGGCACCGCGACUUCAAAAACGAGUUGAGCAGUUUCGAUUAGAAGGACUGAAAGAGUUCGAAAUUGCUGAACGCUUAUCAAGCUCAACAACAGCUUCCGAACUCGAACCAUUCCUCGCUCACCUGAAGAAAAACCUGCUCUUCCAUACUCAUUUAGCAGACGAUGAGAACGACGUUUCUGGCGACAUCGCCCCUGGCUCUUUAGAAGCCCCGCAGAUCCUCCCUAGCGCCCCGGUAUCCGAAGAAUGGCCCUGGCUCCAGAGUCUCUGUGCUUUCUUCCACGGCAGGGAAAGCAGCUUCGGCUAUGAAGGAAAAGAGCUUGAACUGCGUCGACCGACGGGCAUGCGCCACUGGAAACAGAGUUUCGGGGGAUUCAGGCGAUAAACGAUCGAAAUUCUUGCCCUUUUUAUGCAUAACGAGUAAAUGUUACAAUCUGUGGACGGAGUUUAGCAUCUUUCUUUGGCAGGUUCUAAGCAA